CAGGCCUCUGGGAAUCCCUGCCAGGAUCUCGGCCUAGGUUGGGCCAAUCCCAAAGGCCCCCAACACUUUCUGAACCGGGCCGGGGAAGGGGCCGGGGCUGGGGCCUGGGCCUGAGGAGAAGGCCUGGGCUCCCCUCUGGGACCCCCGUGGCCUACGUGAGCCUGGCUUCCCCCAGGCUGCCGAGGGCUAGGCCCAGGAGGCCAGGGCAGAAGCUGCCCCUGCGUGUGCCUGCCAGAUCUAUGCAGGCCAUGGGCCUCUGGUGGCUUCUGGGGGCCCUCCUCUCCAUGCUGGCUCUGUGGCCUUAUCCGGCUCAGGGGGCCACCCGGGUCUACUACCUGGCCAUCCGAGAAGUCCAAUGGAACUACUUGCCAAAGGGGAGAAACAUCAUCACGGGCAAGUCAGUGGAAGAUGACAAGGUGGCUGCUGGUUUCAUGGAACCUGGCAAGGACCGAAUAGGGAGUAUCUACCAUAAGACUGUCUAUAAGGAAUACUAUGAUAGCUCCUAUAUGACAGAGGUGCCCCAGCCGGCCUGGUUGGGCUUCCUGGGCCCCGUUCUAUGGGGUGAAGUGGGGGACAUCAUCCUGGUUCACCUAAAGAACUUUGCCACACGCCCCUACACGAUUCACCCCCAUGGCGUCUUCUACGAGAAAGACUCUGAAGGUUCCCUGUACCCAGAUGGUACCUCUGGGAGGCUGAAAGCAGAUGACACUGUUCCCCCCGGGGGGAGUCACAUCUAUAAUUGGACCAUACCUGAGGGCCACGCGCCUGCCCGUGCUGACCCUGCUUGCCUCACCUGGAUCUACCACUCUCAUGUGGAUGCUCCCCGAGAUAUUGCCUCUGGCCUCAUUGGGCCCCUCAUCACCUGCAAAAGAGGAACCCUGGCUGGAAGCUCCCCCCCCAGGCGAUGGGAUGUGGACCAAAACUUCUUCCUCCUCUUCAGUGUGGUAGAUGAGAAUUUGAGCUGGCUCCUGGAUAAGAACAUUGCCUCGUUCUGUUCAGACCCUGCCUCAGUGGACAAAGAGGAUGAGGCUUUCCAAGAGAGUAACAAGAUGCACGCAAUCAAUGGCUUUGUCUUUGGGAACCUGCCUGAGCUGAGCAUGUGCGCUGGGAAGCGUGUGGCCUGGCACUUGUUUGGCAUGGGCAGUGAGGUGGACGUGCACACAGCCUUCUUCCCUGGGCAGACGCUGACAGUCCGGGGCCACCGCACAGAUGUGGCCUCCCUCUUCCCAGCCACCUUUGUGACUGCUGACAUGGUGCCCCAGGUCCCUGGCAGCUGGCUACUGAGCUGUCAGGUGAACAGUCACCUGAGAGAUGGCAUGGAGGCACUCUACGAGGUCAGGCCAUGCUCCAUGGCCCCCUCGAAGACCCUCCUUACCGGCCAAGUCCGACGGUACUUCAUUGGGGCCUCUGAGGAACGCUGGGACUAUGGGCCCACAGGGAGAGAUGGAAGGACUGGGAAGAACCUUCAGGAGCCAGGCAGCAACUCGGAAAAGUUCUUCCAGAAGAGUUCCAGUAGGAUUGGAGGCAGUUACUGGAAAGUCCGCUAUAUCCAGUACACAGAUGAGACAUUCCAGAUGAAGCUGCCACAGUCUGAGGAAACCUUGCACCUGGGCAUCAUGGGGCCGGUGAUCAGGGCUGAGGUGGGUGACACCAUCGAGGUAGUGUUCUACAAUCGAGCCUCACAACCAUUCAGCAUUCAGCCCCACGGUGUCUUCUAUGACCAGGACUACGAGGGCACAGUGUACAAUGAUGGGUCACGUCAACAUGGCUUGGUCGCCAAGUCCUUCGAGAAGGUCACAUACCGCUGGACCGUCCCUCCCCAUGCUGGCCCCACUGCCAAGGACCCAGCCUGUCUCACUUGGAUGUAUUUCUCAGCUGUCAGUCCCAUCAAGGACACCAACUCUGGCCUAGUAGGGCCCCUUCUGGUCUGCAAAACGGGCUCCCUGGGGGCCAAUGGCAAGCAGAAAGGUGUGGACAAGGAAUUCUUUCUUCUCUUCACUGUCUUUGAUGAGAACGAGAGUUGGUAUAGCAGCACCAACAAGGAUGCCGCCAUGUUGGACCAAAAACACCUCUUAGAAGAUGAUGAAAGCUUCUUAGACUCCAACAAGAUGCACACCAUUAAUGGUUUUGUCUUCUCAAACCUGCCUGGGUUAGCCAUGUGUCAGGGGGACACAGUAGCCUGGCACUUCCUCAGCCUGGGCACCGAGAUUGACAUGCAUGGAGCCAUGUUUGAGGGCCAUACCAUCCAGAUGCUGGGCAUGAGGAAGGCUGGAGCUUCCCUCUUCCCACACACCUUCGCUACAGCGCUCAUGCUUCCAGACACUCCAGGGACCUUUGAGAUCUAUUGCCAAGAAGGCAACCACCUCCAGGCGGGAAUGAGGGCGUCCUACAAUGUCUCCAGGUGCCAAGGCAGAAGGUCUGGAGCCCGGCUGCGUUACCAGGCGGUUCGCACCUAUUACAUCAUGGCUGAGGAGGUGGAAUGGGACUAUUGCCCAGACCGCAGUUGGGAGAGCGACUGGCAUAAUCAAUCAGAGAAGGAGAGCUAUGGCCAUGUCUUUCUGAGCAAUGAAGAUGGGCUCCUGGGUUCUCGGUAUAAGAAAGCUGUGUAUAGGGAGUAUUUCGAUGGCACCUUCAGGACUCCUCGACCAAGGACUGGCCCAGAAGAGCACUUGGGAAUUCUGGGACCACUGCUCCGGGGAGAGGUUGGCGACAUCUUGACGGUGGUGUUCAAGAACAAUGCCAGUCGUCCCUACUCUCUUCAUGCCCAUGGGGUACUGGAGCAGGAGGCGGGCUCAGUGCAGUCUGCGGAGCCCGGUGAGGUGAUCAUAUACCAAUGGAGCAUCCCUGAACGAUCUGGCCCUGGGCCGAAUGACUCAGCUUGCAUCCCCUGGAUCUAUUACUCCAACAUGGAUCCCAUCAAGGAUAUGUACAGUGGCCUGGUAGGUCCCCUGGUCAUCUGCCGGAAGGGGACACUCAAGGCCACAGGGGCCCGAAAGGAUGUGGACCGGGAUUUUGCCCUACUGUUCCUGAUCUUUGAUGAGAACCAGUCUUGGUACCUAGAGGAGAACGUGGCAGCUCAUGGUCCCCAAGAUUCAAGCCACAGAAACCUGGAAGAUGAGACUUUCCUAGAAAGCAACAAGAUGCACGCCAUCAAUGGGAAGUUAUAUGCCAACCUUGGGGGACUGACCAUGUACCAGGGAGAGCGAAUAGGCUGGUACAUGCUGGCCAUGGGACAGGAUAUUGACUUGCACACUGUCCACUUCCACGCAGAGAGCUUUCUCUACCAGAGUGGGGAGAGCUACCGAGCUGAUGUGGUGGACCUGUUCCCAGGGACCUUUGAGGCCGUGGAGGUGGUGGCCAGCAACCCCGGAACAUGGCUAAUGCACUGCCACGUGGCUGACCACAUCCAUGCUGGCAUGGAGACACUCUUCACUGUCCUAGCCCGAGGAGAGCUCAUGAUCACUGCCAGCAAUGAGAAAGCAGGAUCAGUCACAGCCUCUGAAGAUAUGGAGGCCAGAGUCCGGAUCCUGGGGAUCAAGGUCCCUACGAAGCACGUGCAGACAUUAGCCGUGGUCCUCAUCGUUCUGGGGCUCAUCCUUCUCAUCGUCGUGGUGGCCUUGGCUGGGGUCCUGUGCUACCAGCAGCGGCAGAGGAAGCGGAGGCGCAACAGGAGGUCCAUCCUGGAUGACAGCUUCAAGCUCUUGGCCAUGAAGCAAUAAGACCCGCGCCCAGGGGCCCACAUCUUAGUGAGAACCCAUUGGAUGGCUUUGAAAGCUGGGACCGGGUGGGGUGGGACAUUCUUUCAGUAAGAUGCUUUCCAUGGCACUAACCCACAUGAAUCUUCUGCUCUAGAGUGGGUUACCAACAACAGCAACAGCAACAGCCUCGAACCUCCCAGCAGCCUCUGGUACCCCUCCAAAAGCAGUCAGAUGUGUCCAGCUAUGAAAGUGGACCCUGGCUCAUCCUCCUGAAGCCUGACCCUUCUUUCACGCCAGAGCGUGGUGUAGUGCCUAGACAAAGGGAGAACAGGCCAAUCGCAGGCCCUGAGGCCCAGCCAGCUGGAGGGAGAUGCCACAUCUGGGCCAUAAGGACCAAGAAGGGGGCCAGGUUUGGGGCUGAGGAAGGCAGGGUCUGCCUUGGACCUUGAUUCUUCUUGGGACUGAUUGCUUUAGAAGGGCUGGCUGGGGGAGGUUGGUAGGCAGAAGAAUGCCAGCUCCGGAAGGUAGGCCUCUCGAUGGGCAGAGGUCCAUGCUCAGAGGGAGGGCCUGGCAUGCUGUGUCCCAAUGUGAUUCCUAGCAAACGCUAUACAUUAAAGAGCUGAUGAAACCUGG